CACAAAGUGCAUUUAGUAAACAUGCAUUGUCGUGUUGAGUCCGACGCAAACUCUUCAGCCGAUUCAAACCACUGCAUGUGGUUGCAUCAGGCAGUGUAUUAUAGUGCACACUUAUAAACACAUCCUUGGCUCUUAUCAUUUGGAAUACGUACGUUUCGAAAAGUGGACAGUCGCAGGCAAUGAUGGACAUAUUCGCCUUCAGUACUACAACUGUGUUGCUGUGUGUGGCCGUGCUAGUUUUGUUAUGGCUACUAACGCGGCGUCCCUCUGGGCUCCCUCCUGGUCCCCCUCUCCUCCCGUUUGUGGGGAAUGUCCUCUCCAUGGGCUCCGAUCCCCGGAUCACGUUAAAGAAACUCAGGCAACAAUAUGGGGACAUCUUUAGUGUGUACAUAUUCAACACACCAGUCAUCGUCCUCAACGGCUACAACGUCUUGCGAGACGCCAUUGUAAAGAAUGCCGACAACUUUUCUGACAGACCUCACUCACUGCUGAACGACUUCAUUGCGCAAGGGAAAGGUAUAACUGGAACCUCUGGAGAACUCUGGCGCGAGCAAAGACGAUUCGCCCUUAACACUUUCAGGGAGUUCGGAGCAGGCAGGAAUACCAUGGAGGACAAAAUACACGAGGAAAUCUCACAGUUUAUCGAGGCCUUCGAGACAGAACGGGGACAAGGCUUCGACUGCACACAUCUGGUGCACAACGCAGUGUCGAAUGUCAUCUGCUCUAUUAUUUUCGGCAAACGAUUUGAAUAUACUGACCCGCUUUUUAUUACAUUUUUAAAAGCCAUGGACGAAGCUUUGGCAAAUAUGGGCUCGGCUGGAGUAGUGAAUGUGCUGCCUAUUGUGCGCUUUCUGCCAGGAGAUCUAUUCAAAUUUAAGAUCACAAUAAGAGUAUAUUUCAAAUGA